UCAAAUUACCAAACAAUCGCAAAAUCGGAAAAUCAUCGCGCUGUCUGCUUGCUAUACAGAUCAGCAACCGCGAUUGAAUUUGACCAGCAAUUUCCGCAAGCUUCUGUUUUUGUGCUUAUCUAGCCGGUAUCCAGUUUAGUUAGCAACAAUGUCGGCCAGAUACGAUCGUGCCGUGACAGUUUUUUCCCCAGAUGGUCAUUUAUUGCAAGUGGAAUACGCUCAGGAAGCCGUUCGCAAGGGUUCGACUGCGGUUGGCGUUCGUGGCAAAGAUGUGGUUGUACUAGGAGUGGAGAAGAAAUCCGUCGCCAAGUUGCAGGAGGAACGAACGGUACGGAAAAUCUGUCUGCUAGAUCAUCAUGUAGUGAUGGCUUUCGCUGGACUUACUGCCGAUGCUCGCAUCUUGAUCAAUCGAGCUCAGGUUGAGUGUCAGAGCCACAAGCUUAACGUUGAAGAUCCCGUUACACUAGAGUAUAUUACGCGAUAUAUUGCCGGGCUGAAGCAGAAAUACACCCAGAGCAAUGGACGACGUCCGUUCGGUAUCUCCUGCUUGAUCGGUGGAUUUGAUUAUGAUGGAAUGCCGCAUUUGUAUCAAACAGAGCCGUCUGGAAUAUAUUACGAAUGGAAGGCCAAUGCAACCGGUCGAGCUGCCAAGACUGUACGGGAGUUUCUGGAAAAGUACUACACCACUGAGCAGGUUGAAACGGAAGAGGGUGCGAUCAAACUGGCAAUCAAGGCAUUGCUUGAGGUGGUGCAGUCAGGACAGAAGAACUUGGAGGUGGCAGUGAUGAAACGAAAUCAACCGAUGCAGAUGCUGGAUGCUGACACUAUUGCAAAAUACGUUGCUAUCAUCGAGAAAGAGAAGGAGGAGGAAGCGGAAAAGAAGAAACAGAAGAAGUAAAGUUUCUGUUUAGGUAAGAAUAUUUUACUUCUUUUCAUAAUUUGCGGUAAAUUUAAAACAAAACGUUGGAAUAUAAUACUGCUUGUUUCGGUUAGACGGCAUCAAGGAGCAGUAGCA